AUGUGGCUUAUUGCUAAACCGGUACUUAUCAAAGGCAUGGUUGGCGUGGGAAAGACAACUCUGGCUAGACAAUUGGUGACACUUGAUGGAGAUUCGUUGUUGCUGGAGGAGAUGGACAACCAGAGUCUCGGAAAUAUGCUUUUCCGGCACCUGGGAGAAAUGCCACAAUGGUUUAUAGUUCUCGACAACGUGCUGCCAGAAAUGUGCUUCAAAUCCUUCUUGCUAGACCUUGCACGCCUCUCACAGCCAAUUGAUAAAAUUACAAGUGUUGAGAACAAAUUCACAAAGGAGUUGGAGAGGAAGGGCAGGGAGAUGCUGAAGAAAUGUGGGGGUUUGCCGAUAGCUAUAAUAGAUGUUGGAAGGGAGAAAGCAAAACAAAGACUUUUAGGGAUUGAAUGGGAAGAACUUUUUGAUUCAAUUGAUUUGAGUAAAACAUUGAAGUUGUUGGAACCGAUGUAUCUUGAAUUGGAUGAAAAUCUAAAGCCUUGUUUCUUGCAUAUGUCCUUUUUCAAGGAAAACGCAAUAAUGAGAGAAGAGAAGUUGCACCAUAUUUGGGCUGCAAAUGGUGUAGAAACAGAUAUUGCACCAUGUGCCAGUUUAGUUGGUCAAUCCAUUAUUGAAGUCGUCCACCCGUACCCAGAAAGGUUUAGAGUGAAAAGGUGUCGCAUGAAUCCUGUACUACACAUGCUAUCCAUCAAAAAAGCAGAGGAGGAAAUAGGCCUUGAGAUCUUAAGGAACAAUGGAAAUAAUCGGCCCUUAGUGAGCCCUCGUCAUCGUGUUAUUCAUUGUGGCAGAGUCAAGUUUAAUCACUCUGCGAAUCAAGACAAGUAUCUUGUUUCUCUCAUCUUCCAUGGAGGUGGUCGAUACUUGGACGACGCAGGCCAGUCUUAUUGGAAGAAUUUUGAACACAUCAAAAUACUCGACAUAGAAGAUUUUGGGGCGAAGACUAUAUCAGAAUCUAUCGGGACAUUGACCGAGUUAAGGUAUUUGGGAUUGAGAAACAAUUAUGUGGAAGAGAUCCCACACUCGUUGGAGGGAUUGAAAGAGCUUGAGGUUCUCGAUAUAGCUUUAAACUUUAUGGUGGAGGUGCCGGAUAUUAUCAAGGAAAUGGGUGGCCUUCGUCAUCUCUACAUGUCUGAUGUGAUUUGCAGAAAGCCUUUGGAAGUAGAUGCACUACAAAAACUUAAGACGUUGACCUUCAUGUCUAUAUAUUCUUGGAUAUAUGAAGCCUCGAACUUGGAGAAGAUGACUAGUCUACAUAAAUUGGGCGUUGAAGAAAUUGAUGAAAACUCGGAUGUGAGCGAGCUCUUUCCAUCACUAGCUAAGUUGAAGGAACUUAAUCACCUUAUUCUGAGAGGGUUUCGCUUCAGAAUGAUGUCUUGUUUGGAUGAGAUUCGUGUUCUACAUAUGCGUAGAAAGAUACGCACUCUGAGGCUUGAUGGAUGCAUAGCUAGGCUACCAACUGCCUAUAGUUUCCCUCGUGAGAUAAAGUACUUGGCUUUGGUAAAUACUUGUCUUGAUGAAAACCCCAUGCCAAUACUAAUGAAGUUGUCCAGCCUAAGGCGCCUCAAACUGCGGAAUGCAUACAAUGGUCGAGAAUUGGUGUUCAAGAUGAUGAAACUUCAAAUCUUGUGCAUCAGUGAGUUGUGGAAUCUGAGAGAAGUACGAUUUGAAGAAUGUGAAGAUGCUGACCUCGAGCAGCUAGAAAUCAUGAAUUGUCCACAUCUAGAGACCCUCCCACAAGAAAUUCGGUCGAUGAGGCGUAUGGAAAAGUUUAAGAUGCUCUCACAUCAACUACCAGCAAAUUCGACCCCAACGUCAAGCAAGAAGGCCGCUUUAUCUUUCACAGUUAUGUUUAGCUGA